CCCAGCUGUCAGCUAAGCCACAGACGAGGAGGAGGAAUUAAAAUGAAUCUCAUACUGGAACUCCUGCGGCUCGUAGGCAUUAUAAUCUAUUCGUACCUGGAAGCUUGUGUGAAACUUGUUAUUCCUGCGAAAAGAAAAUCUGUCAGUGGUGAGAUUGUGCUUAUCACUGGAGCGGGACACGGCAUCGGAAGACUCACUGCCUAUGAAUUUGCCAAACGGCAGAGCAAACUGGUGCUCUGGGAUCUAAACAAGCAUGGCGUUGAGGAAACAGCUGAAGAGUGCAGAAAUCUGGGAGCCACGGUUCAUGCCUCUGUUGUGGACUGCAGCGUCAGAGAGGAAAUCUACAGUGCUGCAGAGAAGGUGAAAAGAGACAUAGGAGAUGUCAGUAUUUUAGUGAAUAAUGCCGGUGUGAUAGCAACAGCAGAUCUCCUUUCCACCCAGGACAAGCAAAUACAGAAAACAUUUGAGGUCAACGUGCUCGCUCAUUACUGGACAACAAAAGCAUUCCUGCCAGCAAUGAUGAAAAAGAACCAUGGCCAUAUUGUCACUGUUGCAUCAGCUGGUGGGCACCUGACAGUCCCUUUUCUGGUGUCUUAUUGCUCAAGUAAGUUUGCUGCUGUUGGGUUUCACAAAAGUCUGACUCAAGAACUGUCUGCUUUGGGAAAGGAUGGGAUAAAAACUACAUGCCUUUGUCCAGUGUUUAUUAACACUGGCUUUGUUAAAAAUCCAAGAUCAAGGUUGUCGCCUAUUCUGGAGCCUGACAUAGUUGCGAAGAAACUCAUCAAUGGAAUUCUUUGCAAUCAAAACAUGAUUUUCAUUCCUUCGUUUGUGAAAUUCCGCCUGCUGCUGGAAAGAAUCUUACCCGAGCGGGCCUUGGUGGCUCUGAACAAGUUCACAAACGUGAAAUUCGAUGCCAUUGUUGGAAGCAAGAGAAAAGAACAUUAGAUCAAGAGAUGCCUUCACUUGGGGUGUAUAUGAAUCCAUUAUUCAGGUGCCUGAUUAAUGCCAGGCAAUGAGUAAAUUAUGUAACACCUUGUCUGUAACCUGCAGAUGGAAUCCCCUGAACUUCCCAUCCCAAAUAUAUUAAAAGCACAGUAUCUUGGCGUGUA